CGGAAUAUGAGGUGGAUAACACGUCUGUGUUUGUCCGCGUAGGACAGAGGAACAUUUAUCUAUCGAACGUGCAGUGGCGUUUUAUUUUAAGGAAUGGCGGAUUCUUCGGAAGAGGCGGAACUCCACGUGGACGGAAAAACAGUUGCCCAAAUAAUCGCCGAGUACUACGAGGAUCUGAACUACAUCGACCACGACGCGGUGCUGGCGCGUCUGCUGAAGAAACAAGUCAUCACCCCCGUCGAGCAUGUCGAGAUCAUCAAGACGUCUCAGAAGAUGGAGAAAAUCAUAUUCAUUCAGGAAAAACUGCCGCAGAAAGGGGACACCGCCUUCCAGAAAUUCUUGGAAUCCCUCGGGGAGACGGGCCAAAAAAAACUGGCCUGGAAAAUGCGACGUCAAUCCAUUGACCGAUCAAAACGUGACGAGGUUCCCGGAUACUUUCGCGAAUCUUCAACCUCCAGUCUUUCUGAUGAUGCUUCGAAAGAGAGCUACGGAGGCUCGGUCAGGUCAGAGGUGCCAGAGGUGGAUCAUCCCAAGUCGGAUAAUACGGAGACAAUGACCACUCCAAGUGCAGUCAAAGAGCUGGUGGACGAGGUGCCAGAAGAACUGAUUCAAGAAAUGAUGAAGGUACAGGCUACAGAGAAGGGACUGAAAGCGCAGGUUGGGGCUGUUGGGACAAAGCUAAGAAAAGAAUCCAAGAAAGAGUCUGUGCAUCAAGAGAUGGAAGGGGAUUACCGCGUGAUCGAAGAAGAGCUCAGUGAGAGCAGAGAUGAGGUAGGAAAGCUGCAGCUGUUGAAAAUAUUGACCAUGGAGAAGAAAGCAAAAGACCUCGAGGAGCAGCUCAAGAGUAAGCAGAAUGUACACGUAUAUGGAGAGAAGAACUGCACCAUUGAGAGGCAGUUCCAGGAGAGAAGUAAUCAGGUUGCUGAGUUGCGCCGACAGUUGGACAUUCUGGAGGGGAAGUCCGUACAGGUCGGUGCAGGGAACAUUGAUACAGCCAUCCCAACUCAAGAUGAAGCAGUCUUUCAGCAAUCACAGAUGACUCAGGUGAAACUGAAAUGCCGAACUAAGAUCACCACAUGGAAUGAACUGAUCGCCUUCAUUGGUGAGAACCAGCAGAACAGCCUCAUCAUCAUUCAUGUCUAUUCGCACAAAAGCAAGAAGAAAAUUGAAGCGGAAGAUGUCAAGAGAAAAAUUGUUGAAAGAAUUAGUCAUGCGAUCUUCCUGGAAGCCGACUUGCAUGCGGACUGGAUAAAGGACUUCUUCUGGAAUUACAAUGAGAGGAAAAGGAGUGAUUAUUGGAUUAUUGUGAUGUCACAAACACCAGCGGAUUUGUGGACCAUUUGCGACCUUACUUCCAAAUGGGGUUGCAUCUCAGUGGGGCAUCCCCAUUCCAAAUUUGUUGGGGGUUGCAUUGGUAUCCCCAUAGGGAAAAAAUGGCACUGA